AUGCACCGGUUGGAAGAAAUCGUAUUAUGGACCUUCAUGGAAUUGCCCUCAAAUAGACUCGAAGAUUGGGUGCUGCGUGGUUACCAGUUUCGCGACAGUGAUGAAUUCAAACGCCUUAAGUCACUUAACAUCUUUUACCAGAUUGGCACCAGUCGACAAGGCAAUCCUGUCUUCUACUAUAUUGCCCGUCGGACUAUCGAACAUCAGGGCUCUGAGCAUCCACUUCUUCUCUGUCUCAUAUCAAUGACGUUUGAUGCCUUCAGAAAUAGGCCAUUCGAAGUGGUUGUGGAUCUGACACAUGCAUCCUCGGAGAAUAGAUUCAGAACGGAUAUGUUGGCAAAAUGGGCUAGUAUUCUUGGCCCGGUGGUGGAGGAGUAUCUUUUGGCCGCUUAUAUAUACAACUGCAAUUCUUGGUUUAGAGAGUAUACUAAGAUGCAUGACCGUUUCUUCGUCCCAAUGAAGAAUUCACGCAAGCUUACUUUCAUUGACCACCCUUCGCGCUUAAAUGAUUACAUUGACCCAGAUCAACAAAAGCUUCCUGGUGGCACUUUAGCUUUAGAAGAAGACAUAAAGAUUUUUAAUAAUGCUCUUAAGCUAUCUCAAAAAGACACCAAAGUGACUAUCAAGGUAAGUCCUAGGUUUUAUUUUAAUCUUAAGUACUUAUUUCCAUACUAA